AUGAUUGAAAAUAAAAUAUUUCUACUGAGUUUUCUGACAAUCUACAAGGUUUACAGUCUUGAUGUAAUACAUGGGGAAAGAUAUGUUGGUCCUGUAGUUUCAAUUGUGAAGACGGUCGGUCAGAAGCAAUGUAUCAAAGAGUGUCAAACCAGAGCUACUCUGUGUAAAGGAAUCAGUUAUAAGAGGGAAGAACUACAGUGUGAAAUAGUAUCCUCUACUGAGGAAAUAGAGCCUUUUACAGGAUACUUAAGAAUUAAAGCUGAUCAAGUUUUUCAACGUCGACUGGACGGAUCUGAGGAUUUCUACAGAACGUGGUCGGAAUACAAAGACGGAUUUGGAAACUUGACAGCUGAAUUCUGGUUUGGUAACGAGAAGCUCUAUCUCUUAUUGAGUCAAGGAACAUACGAGCUACGGAUGGACAUGAGUGACUUCAACAAUCAGAAACGAUAUGUUAAAUACAGCAGUAUAUCCCUGGGAAACGAGGCUUCCAAGUAUAAGAUUUCCCUAUAUGGAUUCUCAGGGGACGUCGGUGACUGUUUCACCUCAACAAACCAACCAAUACAAAACAUGAAAUUCACGACGAAGGAUCAAGACAAUGAUGUUGAUGGAACUAACUGUGCGAUUAGAUUCCGGUCAGGAUGGUGGCACAACAAAUGCCACUGUGCUAACCCUAACGGUCUGUACUUAGCUGGAGACACCACCAUAAUCGGACAACAACAAUGUAUUAACGAGUGUCUGGCGAGAGCAGGGCUUUGUAGAGGUGUAAACUACAUGAGGAAGAACCUACUGUGUGAAAUCGUGUCAUCGUUAGAGGAAACAAGUCCCUCUGUAGCGUAUGUUAGAAUAAAACUGGAUCAAGUAAGUAAUUUAUAUAAUCUUUGGAAUGUAAAUUAUCCAAACGACUGCAGUCAAUUAUCAUCAGAAUUAUCAAGCGGAUUAUACGGAAUACGCAUCCCAGUUUUGGGUCACGUGACCGUCUUUUGUGAAAUGGUGACUGACGGCGGUGGCUGGACAGUUUUUCAACGUCGAUUGGACGGAUCGGAAGAUUUCUACAGAACUUGGGCAGAAUACAAGGAUGGAUUUGGAAACUUGACAGCUGAAUUUUGGUUUGGAAACGAAAAGCUCUACCUCUUGCUGAGUCAAGGAUCAUACGAGAUGCGGAUGGAUAUGAGUGAUUUCGACAAUCAGACACGUUAUGUUAAAUACAACAGUAUUUCUCUUGGAAACGAAACAUCAAAAUAUCAAAUAUCUUUAUCUGGGUUCUCAGGGGACGUGGGAACGGGGAAUCCGAUAAACAAUAAGAUGUUCUCGACAAAGGAUCAAGAUAAUGACAAUAAAAAUGAAGGUAACUGUGCCGUGACGUUCACUUCCGGCUGGUGGCAUAACCGAUGUCAUUGUGCAAACCCCAAUGGUCUGUACUUGGCGGGAAACACGACCAUAUUUGCGAAAGGUAUAACGUACGCUCCAUGGCUGACACAGUACUACUCACUGAGGACAGUCCGACUGAUGGUUAGAGGUGUAGUGUAAAAAAUUAUAAUAAUUCUUUCACUGAUAGAAAACGGAGAUGGAAACCCAAAGGUCACGUGUUAGAUGGACACAAUGUUAUAUUUGAUAGAGGUGUAAACCAAUCCUUGACUGAUUGCUACUCACUAAAGAAAAUGCACUUCAUGAUUAGCAGUGCUUUAUAUAAACCUAAAAUAA